AGGGAUUUCCUUCAACCACAAACCUUCAUCAUCACAAACGUAUCGACGACAGGCGGAGAGCGAGCCACAUCCUUCUCUACGAGACUACGACAAACAGCAGAUUUCCUUCCUAAAUUUCCCCCUUUUCCCCCUGUUUUUUUGCUUUCGUGGGGGGCAGAAAUAACCGCGAGUCUGCUUCAUGCUGCUCAGGUACUGUUCUCUCCACAACCUGUCGCUGGCCCUUAUCCGCUACCAGGAAAAUCUCUUGGCACAACAUUAGGUUUUUUUUUUUGUGGUUCUUAGAACCUGUAAUCUGAGAUUUUGGUGAAAGUUUGUAUUUUUUUGGCUUAAAAAUCGAACUUUAUUUUGCAUCUUGCCGUCCGAGAUCAAGCUGCGAUCGAAAGAUGGUAUUUUUAUGCUAGUUUGGAGAGAAUCGUUCGUUUGUGUGGCUUCAGGGCUAUUCGUGUGAUGCCAUGGCUUGCCCUGCUUCCCUCGCGUUUUUGGGAGGCGCGAUGGCAGUCUCCCCAGUUCUCCUAGAGGUCUCGCCGACGGCCGUCGCCGUCGGGAGGAUUCACGUUGUUUCUGGGGUUCGAUUCGGUACCUUCCUCAGCCCGAGGCAAUGGCAUCAUCUUGGAGGUCGUGUCUAUAGGUGUAUGGUGACCACUAAUUUAAUCGAGGAAAGGGGGAUUCCGUCAUCUGCCGAUUCCAUAUUGAAGAUCACUAACAGUAGUGGUAGCAGAGACGAGGAUGCUGAUCUCAUUAUCAAGCCUACCCCCAAGCCUAUACUGGCAGCACGCCCCAAUGGCCCAGUAAAUCCUCCAAACACAGCUUCAGCCAUUUGGUCGCCUGACUUGGCUGUUCGAGAGAAGCCAGCAACCUCAUUGGAAGACAGAGAGAAAGUAGUAGAAUCUCUUAGUGAGGUUUUAGAGAAGGUAGAAAAGCUUGAGAAGACCACUAAUUCAGUGAACUUGAGUGAUAAAGCUAUCAAGGAUAAUGGUGUGGCCAAUGGCAGCUCCAAACAAGUUAGGCCACAAAAUGCAACUCCAACUAUAAGGAAAUCGAAGACUGUUAAGAGUGUUUGGCGGAAAGGGAACCCUGUUACAAGUGCACAAACGGUGGUUAAAGAAAUUCCCAAGGGUGAAGUGAAGAGUGAACCCUCUUUAACCAAAGGGACAAAGAUAUUGGGAACUCCUGCUGUAUCCCCUAUCAAGCCUCAAAUGCCUUCUCCAGCCCGACCAAAGCUGCAAGCAAAACCUGCUGUUAUUUCACCCUCCCUUUCUGCAGUGAAGAAACCUGAUGCCCCAAAGGAAAGAAAACCCAUUCUUAUAGAUAAAUUUGCAUCCAAGAAGCCGCCUGUUGAUCCAAUUGCAGCUGCAGUGAUGACAUCAAUCCCUUCAAAGCCAGUAAAAGGGUCCUUGGCAUCCAAAGUCAAAGAUGAGCGUCGGAAGAAAUCUAGUUCUACUAGUGGUUUGCGUAGAAGGCUGGUGGAAGAUGGUGAGAUAUCUGAAGAGGAAGCUUCAGAGCUUAAUGUGCCUAUCCCUGGGGUCAUGGAACAAAGGAAAGGAAGAAAAUGGAGCAAGGCAAGCCGCAAAGCUGCAAGACUUGAAGCAGCUAAAGCUGCAGAACCUGUAAAGGUUGAGAUACUUGAGGUAGGUGAGGAGGGUAUGCUCAUGGAGGAGUUAGCAUACAACUUGGCCAUUAAUGAAGCAGAUAUUCUCGCAUUUCUGUUCUCAAGAGGGGUCAAGCCAGAUGCAGUCCACAUUCUAGAUAAAGACAUGGUUAAAAUGAUAUGCAAGGAAUAUGAUGUGGAAGUAAUUGAAGUUGAUUCAGUUAGAGUGGAAGAGAUGGCAAAGAAGAAAGAAGUACUUGAUGAAGAGGACUUGGACAUGCUAGAAGAUAGGCCUCCUGUAAUUACAAUCAUGGGGCAUGUGGAUCAUGGGAAGACAACAUUGCUGGACUAUAUUCGAAAGAGCAGGGUGGUUGCAUCAGAGGCAGGUGGAAUAACCCAAGGUAUUGGAGCAUACAAGGUUCUUGUCCCAGUAGAUGGGAAGCCUCAGCCAUGCAUAUUUCUUGAUACUCCGGGCCAUGAGGCAUUUGGUGCGAUGAGGGCUCGUGGAGCGAGAGUAACUGACAUUGCAAUCAUUGUAGUGGCUGCUGAUGAUGGAGUUCGCCCACAAACUAAUGAGGCAAUUGCUCAUGCAAAUGUUGCUGGGGUGCCUAUUAUCAUAGCCAUCAAUAAGGUAGAUAAGGAUGGAGCAAAUCCAGAAAGGGUAAUGCAAGAGCUUUCUUCUGUUGGCCUUAUGCCAGAAAUUUGGGGUGGUCACAUCCCUAUGGUUCAGAUCAGUGCUCUUAAAGGUGAGAACAUUGAUGAAUUGCUGGAGACUGUUAUGCUUGUAGCAGAGAUGCAAGAAUUGAAAGCCAACCCAAAAAGAAAUGCUAAAGGCACCAUUAUAGAAGCAGGUCUUGAUAAAGCAAAGGGAGCUGUCGCCUCACUUAUUGUGCAAAAUGGAACUCUUAAAAAGGGUGACAUUGUAGUUUGUGGUGAAGCUUAUGGAAAGGUGCGCGCUAUGUUUGAUGAUAGAGGAGGCCGUGUUGAUGAAGCUGGACCGUCAAUGGCAGUACAGGUCAUUGGUUUGAAUAGAGUUCCUAUUGCCGGUGAUGAAUUUGAGGUUGUUGAAACUCUUGAUCUUGCACGUGAAAGGGCAGAACUUCGUGCAGAAUCAUUAAGGGUUGCACGGAUAUCUGCAAAGGCAGGGGAAACAAAGGUCACCCUAUCUUCCAUUGCUUCUGCUGUCGCGAUGGGAAAACAAGCAGGUCUAGACAUGCAUCAGCUGAAUAUCAUUUUAAAGGUUGACGUUCAGGGUUCAAUUGAGGCCAUCAGACAAGCUCUUCAAGUCCUCCCUCAAGACAAUGUUAACUUGAAGUUCCUCCUUCAAGCUCCAGGGGAGGUUACCACUAGCGACGUUGACCUGGCUGUUGCUUCUGAGGCCAUUAUAUUUGGUUUCAAUGUAAAAGUACCCGGUUCAGUAAAGAGCUAUGCAGACAAAAAGACUGUCGAGAUUCAUUUAUAUAGAGUCAUUUAUGACCUCAUAGAUGACAUGAGGAAUGCAAUGGAAGGACUUUUAGAGUCUGUUGAGGAACAAAUACAAAUAGGAACAGGAGAGGUUAGAGCAACAUUCAGUAGUGGCAGCGGACGUGUUGCUGGAUGCAUGAUCACCGAGGGAAAGGUAGUGAAAGAAUGUGGUGCCCGGGUUAUUCGAAAUGGGAAGAUUAUUCACAGUGGUACAGUUGAUUCUUUGAGGCGGGUGAAGGAAGAUGUGAAAGAGGUUGGUGCUGGACUUGAGUGUGGUAUUGGUGUUGAUGAUUUUGAUGAUUGGGAAGCCGGAGAUGUUAUAGAGGCCUUCAAUACAGUGAAGAAACAACGCACGCUCGAGGAAGCAUCUGCUUCUGUCACAGCUGCAUUAACUAGAGCUGGUGUUGAUUUGUGAAGCAGUAAAGCAUUCAUAAUUAACAUUUAUGGUGGAUUUGAGAUUGUAAAGCAUCCCCCAGAUGGUGGUCCAAAGAAAGUUCAUUGCUGAUUUAGCUCUCGGCAGGCCAGUUUGCCUACCAAAUCUUUACUUAUCUUUGAUAACGCUGUGGUUCUCGUGGUUCUCGGCCGUAAAGCUCAUACCCUUCUUUGGGCUCUGCAGAGAAGGCAGUCACUAAACUUCUCAACGGCAACCUGUACUUAAUAGUGACAGUCAGAAUGCUGUUUGAUAUUUUAUAAUUUGCAUUCCUUUGGCCUAUGUAUAAAGAGGUUGUACAUGAAAUAAUGGGGAAACUAUACAAUUCUGUUUUCAGUACCUGCAGUAUUUUUGUACUAACCUCAGACUACAAUCUUUUGGAAAGAUCACUUCAUUUCGUAUUGUUUUUA